AUGGGUCAUCUUCUGCCAACCUGCAUGGAAGGAGCAGCAAGUUCCACCAGCAGUGCUGGACAUCCAGUCAGAACCAAUAUGAGGAAAAAACUGUGGCUCCAGAGUAUUGCUUUCUUUCUCUUAUUCCAGUACACUACAUGUUGUGAAAACCUCACAUGUUUUGUGGACUAUGUAAAGACCCUAUCCUGCAUCCUGAGAAAUGACUUGGGUAGCAGUUCAUAUGACCUCACUGCAACAUGGUUUCAUGAGGAAGAUCCAGAAAAUACUAUGGCUGCCUGCAGUCUCCUGGAAUUGUCCAGGAACACCAGUCACACACAGUACAUGUGCACUGUGGACAUGACUGUACUUUUGGCAGAUAUCAAAGUCCAGGUGGAUGUUGCAGAGAGAGCUGGUAGGCAGCAUGUGAUUUCCAAAGACUUCUAUAUGGCAGAGAAGAUCAAACCACAGCCUCCAUUCAGUCUGACUGCUGUGUUCUCAGAGGGUUAUAAUAUUUCUUGGGAAACCAUCUACCAGAACUUUCCUUACUACUUUUUGAAUGAGGAGCUGGAAUACCAGCUACGUUAUAAGAGAAGGACUGACACCUGGGAGACUCAGAAGACUAAAGCUAUUCAUGAAGAUAAACGGACACUGGUGAUCCUGCCAUGGGAACUCCAGGCAAACACUGAGUAUGAGUUCCAAGUGAGAGCCAGACCCCGGGAAGACACGAGCUUCCAUGGAUUUUGGAGUGAAUGGAGUUCUGUGCUGACACUGAAAACCAGCCCUGCUGCAGUGACACAGGCAGCAGGUGUGAGCUGGCUGCUUCUGUUUGGUGGUGUUGUGGCAGUCACUGUCUCAAUCACAAUCUUUCUGGCCAAGCAGCAGAGCUUGUGGAAGAAGAUGGCUUGCAUCCCUGAUCCUGCUGCCUUUUUCAAACCUCUUUACCUGGUGCAUAAUGGAGAUUUCAAGCAGUGGGUUGGUGGAUCCCAUACAAAAAUGACCCUUGAUUUCUUUGAAUAUGGAAUAGUCCUUCCAGAAAUCUUAGAAGUUUACACCAUGUGUCCUUCCAACAGCACCCCACAGGAGGAGCUGGGUGAACUGAGAAAAGAUGUGCCCUGCAAGCCCUGUGUGUCUUGCCUGGCUGCCCCAGGUCAGGACAGGCAGUCCCUGCUGUCUGGUGUGAGCAGCAGCAGUGGGGCACAGGAACAUCCAUACCGGCACUUGUCCAUUGAUACUGUGACUGUGGUUGAUGAGUUCACACCUUGUAGCUGCCAGUGCAACUGUAACCCCGUGUACAGGGGACACCAGCUUGCCAGCCAGGAGCACAGUUGUGCUAGAGAAACAGGUUACCCCAAGAUUAACAUUGAUGAUGAAGACAGAAAGAUAUCCAGUGACUUGCAUCUGGCUGACCUGAGCACACAGGACAAAAUCCUUGCCUCAGGGUCUGUGUCCACAGGCCCCCUGGGGAGUUCACAUGUCCCAGACCACCAACAAAUAGAAAGAGCUUUGGGAGGAGGCAUGAGGAACAUCCUAGAAGCCCUUUGCUUGCAGCCUGAUCAGUGGGAUUUGGAAAAUCAAACUUCUCUACCUUCUACUGCUGGUGAAAGUGUUUCCUACAGCGAAGUCUCCUGUGACUUCUUUUCUCAUAUCACAAAGCCUGGUGACAAUUAUCCUACAAUCUGUGUAGAUUUAGACACUAUUGACAGUGGCUUUGUAGACUCAGACUGUGGGAGUCCAGUUGACUGUGAAUUUGAGGAGAGCAAUCAGACCAACUGUGGGUCCAACCCUCUUGAGCAGGAGGGGGAAGAGGACAAUCCACGGAGUUACAUCAAGCAGUGGGUGUCCUGUUGCUCUGACUGCCCACUCAGUGGGACACAGACAAGCUAAGGGCAUGAUGUUGCCUUGCAGAGUGCAGGGCCUUUCCA